AACUGCCACAGAUCAUCCUCAACAAGCCAGUUACGCCUUGGGAGCUGUGAGACGCCUUCCUCAAGAGCGUUGGCGACUGCCACUACGGGCCAGGCGCAGGACGUGACAGCAGCGAUGGAAGCUUCUGAUAGCAGCAAGCGCGGUUCUGCCUAUAUCGCCGGUACCAGCUCGGCGCAUUAGCAUCAGCCCCAGAAAAGCAUGGUUAUAGAAUGACGCAGGUCCAUCCGACAGCCCAUCGCCCAUUCCUCGUUACAAAGUUGGGAUAGCUUCACAUCCACCGCUGAGCCCCAUACUCCUCGGCGACGACACCAUGGCUACACCGGGUUACCGACUGGGUGUUGAUGUUGGAGGAACCUUCACCGACGUGUGCGUCAUCACGCCCAACGGCGAGGCAGUACGCACAAAGGUACCGACCAACACGACAGACCAGUCAAUUGGCGUGCACGAAGGCGUGCAGCAGGCGCGAAAAAUACUCAAAGACAAGUACAACUGGGACGGCAAGUUCGAGUAUAUACACCAUGGCACCACCACGGGCACCAAUGCCGUGCUCGAAGGCAAGGGCGCCAAGUGUGGCCUCAUCGUUACCAAGGGCCACAAGGACAUACUGGCCACAAGACGCAGCCAGAUACCGGGCGGCCUAGGUUCGUGGAUGCAUUAUGAACAGCCCGAGCCUCUUGUGCCGCUCGAGAGAACCGUCGAAGUCAAAGAGCGUAUCAAGAUUGAUGGUGACAUAUUCUACGACUUGGAUGAAGAUGAAUUACGGAACGACUUACAGGAUCUCAAGCGACAACAGCCUCAAGCCAUUGCCGUGUCGCUCAUCAAUUCCUUCGCUAAUAGCACGCAUGAAGAACGCAUCAAAGCUAUACUGGUCAGCGAAUUUGGCCCAGAUGUUGAGAUUGUCACCUCAACGGACGUGCUGCCAGAGAUACAGGAAUACGAGCGCACCGUUACGACGGCUGCGAAUGCCAUCGUCAAGCCAGUAGUCAAGAGCUACAUGCAGAACCUGCAGAAAAUGCUUGCGGAUGACACCGAUACAAUCCGCAUCUUGAAAUCCGAUGGCGAUCUGACGUCGGUUCACCUCGCCGGUGAAACACCAGUGCGCAUCCUCAUGAGCGGCCCAGCCGGCGGCGUCAAGGCAGUCUCGCAUCUGGUCGCCAAGAACACGCCUUACAAGAAUCUCAUCACCUUUGACAUGGGAGGAACUUCUACCGACUGCGCUUUACUCUCAGGUAGCGAUGCUAUUAUUCGACGAGAAACCGCCAUCGGUCACUUAUCCGUACGAGCCCCAAGUGUUGAUGUUAACACUGUAGGCGCUGGUGGCGGCUCCAUUGCGAUAUUCAACGACUUUACAAAAACGUUGCGUGUUGGGCCAGAGUCCAGUGGUGCUACACCUGGUCCUGCGGCGUAUGGCAAAGGUGGGACCCAAGCGACUGUGACUGAUGCAAACUUGGCGCUGGGUCGCCUUCCUUCGAAGCUACUAGGCGGUAAAUUCCAAUUGGAUGUUGCCGCAUCUACUGCUGCAGUUGAGUCAAUUGCUAAGCAGAUGGGCCUUGAUACUGCUUCCGCAGCUGAAGGAAUCAUCGACUUAGUAAACGAGUCCAUGCAUGGGGCUCUUCGUCUGGUAUCCGUUGAGCAAGGCUACGACCCACGCGACUUCGCCUUGGUUGCUCUCGGUGGCGCUGGUCCGCUCCAUGGUAACGCUCUAGGUCAGCUUCUUGGUUCCUGGCCCGUCAUCGUCCCUCCCUCUCCUGGUGUUCUUUGUGCACAGGGUGAUGCCAUCACCAAGAUGUCCCAUGAGCAGAGCUGCACAUACAUUCGCGCCUUCUCAGAUAUCACAGAGCAAGAGCUCAAGGAGACAUUACUCAAUCUCAGGGCUAGUGGUGUAGACACCAUGAAAACCUCGCUUGCCGAUGAGAACGCUGCGUUGCAUGUCAUAUACCAAGCGGAUAUGCGUUACAAGGGUCAAGCCAUGACACUUACUGUUGAUUUGAGUUCCAGUGAGCUCGAAAGCUCAGACAAGCUCGUGGACAUCUUGCGUAACAAGUUCAAUGAAGCCCAUCAACAUCAGUUCGGAUUUUCACAUGCGCAUGCCGAGAUGGAGACGAUGCGCUUACGUGCCAAGGUUGUUGAUGCUUCCGAGGAGGUAGCCUUCAAGCCGCUGGAGGAUGCUCGUACAUCCGAACCUUGGGAAGGUGCGAUCACAGCCAAGCAGUCAAUCGUCUGGGAUGGCAAAAAGGUCGAAGCCACAUUCUGGGACCGUUCCAAGAUUGGAGGGGCUGGGAAAGUCAUACAUGGCCCAGCGGUUGUCACGGAGAUGGACUCGAACACGCUCAUAUUGCCCGGCUUCUAUGGAAAGAUCGACUCCAUGGGUAACAUACUCAUUUGGCCUACCGAGAAGAAGGAAGAACGAAAGACCGUUCAUACGAAAGAGUCAGCUCAGGAUAUGAUCAAAGAGCAGCCCAUUAUUGCCACUCUCAUCGCCUCUGCGCUUGGGUCUAUCAGAAGAGAGAUGGAUGCACUUCUGCUUCGUUGCGCCAUGAGCCCGGCGAUUCGAGAGCAACAAGACGAGUUCAACGUGAUCACUAAUACAAGGGGACAGAUGCUUGUUGGUCAAUUUGGGUCUUUCAUACAGCAAUUCCUGAACGGUUGGAACGGCACGGUCCAAGAAGGCGACGUCUUCGUGACCAAUGACGUAUACCAAAUCGAUGGUGCCGUAUCACACCUCAACGACGUUAUCGUGCUACUUCCCAUAUACUAUGAGCACAAGCUUAUAGGCUGGGCGGCGAACUUCGGUCACAUAACUGAUGUGCAAGGAAAAGUCCCGGGCUCUAUGAGCAUCAACGCCAGUACCAUUUACGAAGACGGUCUUCAAAUUCCCAUUGUCAAGCUAUACACAAAUGGUGUUUACAACGACACUCUUGCAACUGUACUGUUCCGCAACUCUCGCGCCCCAGAUUGGUUCCAGAGUGACCUAAUGGCGCUCGUUACCGCCUGUCGAACAGCUGCUACACGUGUCACCGAGCUCUGUGAACGUUAUAGCCUGGAGAUCUACGAGGCAGCCACAGAUUAUCUGCUGGAGCAGAACAAGCUUGCCAUUAGUAGGAUCAUCAACGAGAAGAUCAGCGAUGAAGUAUCAAGCUUCACCGACUUCAUCGAUGACGAUGGACAGGGCAUCGGUCCAUACGCUAUUACUUGCUCAAUGAAGAAGCAGAAUGGCAAGCUCAUCUUUGAUUGGGACGGCACAUCACCUCAAUCAAAUACGUCGAUGAACUUUUAUCUCUCGAUCACUUUGUUCAAGAUGUUCAUCGGGUAUCAUCUGCUCGCAAUUUACGAUCCUUUUGCAGUUGUCAAUGACGGCUUCCACGAUUUACUCGACAUCAAAAUCCCGACCGGCACCAUUCUUCGUCCCGUCCGCCCAGCAGCCGUCAGUUGCCGUACUCAUCUUCUCGGUCGUAUCAUGGAUGUAUUACAGGCGCUCUUUGGUCAACAAAACCCCGCCUAUCGUUGUGCAGCAGGGUUCUCCGAUUCACCACAUCUAUUCUACUCCGGUUUCAAGCCUGAUGGCGAAUUCUACUUGCUCUACCAGAUCGGCUUUGGUGGUGUGCCUGCGCGACCGAUCGGUGACGGUCCAGACUGUCACUGUCUUUUCCCAGCCAUCAAGUCUAUCCCGGCUGAGAAUAUCGAGCUCUACUUCCCUGUCAUUAUCGAGGCCAAUGAAGCUUUACCGGACUCCGGAGGCGCUGGUUUCUACAGAGGAGGUAACGCACAGAGGACCCUAUAUAGAUGGCUUUGUGAAGGCGAUGUCAGCACGCACGACGACCGUUGGCUGACCAAGGCAUGGGGUGUUAACGGUGGUAAGCCGGGAAGCAGAUCGAGGAAGAUCUUGUACCGCAACAACAGCUAUGGCACAGCAGAAGAAAAGGACAAUAUGGAAUUAUGUCAGUCGAAGCAGGAUCACAUCCACGUUUAUCCAGGCGACGUUUUGGAAUGGAUCACUUGGGGCGGUGGAGGUCUUGGCGAUCCUCUUACGCGCCCUCCCGAACGUGUAGCCCAAGAAGUCCAUCGCCGUCUCGUCACUGUUGAAGGCGCUCGGGACAACUAUGGUGUCAUCGUCGAUCAACACACUUUCAACUUCGACAAGUUUGCCACCUCGACACUUCGCAGCAAAAGACGUGAAGAGCGCUCGAUAGAGGGAUAUAGUACUGACAAUGUGAUUGACCGCGGCGGCACUCUCAGUGAACUGAUGCAGAAGUGCGAAAUCGAAACGGGGUUGAAGGCUCCUAUCCCGCAGUGGGAAAAGAGGAUUUAUGGUCCGCACGCAGGAUUGGAGUAUGUGAGGAACUGGUAUGAUAAGAUGAAGAAAGAAGGUAUGGAACGGUGGGAUAAGGCAUAAGGCAGGUUUUCACACCAAAGGUUAAGCUGGGCGCUGAUGUGACGCUGCAUGGUACUAAUCCAUCUGGUCUCAGUCUACCGCUAGGUCACCUCUUCAAUUGUACAAAUAGUUCUGGAUCCCUCGCUUCCAGGAAUUUGAGCAUCUCAUCGUCGAAAUACGUCCACUCUUCUAGUGGCAAAAAGCCAUUGACAGCAGCUGUGUCCGGAUGAUCCCUCUGAUUAAAUGCCUGUGCGAGUUCUGGUAGUCGCUGAUCAAGAGGUAGAGCGUAGAGCUGUAAGAUUGUAC